GCUACAGCCAAAGUGCGACGAGGUUGGAAAGAAAGACCUGCCCGUCAACAGCAUGCGAAGAAAUCCUCUCGGUCAAGCGAGGCCAUGCAUGUUAGGAGGGGAUCCCCCUCCCUCAUGAUGUGAGGAGCUCGUAUCAUUGGAUCUGCCAAUAUUUGCAACUCAAAUUUCUUUUGCUCUUGAACUCUGAUAGCAUCAAGCUGCUGUCUUCUGCAUUCGCCCGCUGUCUUGCUCUCUUUGGUUCUUUGGGGUGUCCGAGGAGGAUUUUCUACGUCUACACAGUGAUCGUCGACUCCCAACAUGAAGUUCGGCCAACAGCUCCGUCAAUCUCUUAUCAAGGACUAUUAUUGGCACUAUAUCGCCUACGAUGACCUCAAGGACUCCCUCAAGAAGUCUUUCGUUAAUGGCAAGAACGGAGACCGAGAGCCAUGGACCGACGAUGACGAAGCAUUCUUCAUUCAGCAGUUGGAAGCCGAGCUGGACAAGGUCUAUACGUUUCAAAAACUCAAGAGCCAGGAAAUCGUCUCGAGAAUAAAGUCCAGUGAAGCAGAGGUCAGACAGGUUUUGGAUCGUCAGGAACAACAGGAAACUUCUGAUCCUGAGUCCGAUAGCGAACUCGAGGCUGAUUUCGAGCUACUGGAGCAAGACCUGAGUGAUAUCAUUGCCGAUGUGCACGAUUUGGCGAAGUUCACUCAAUUGAACUACACCGGCUUCCAAAAGAUCAUCAAGAAGCAUGACAAGCAAACCGGUCUGAUCCUCCGUCCUUCGUUUGCAACCAGACUGAAGGCGAAACCCUUCUUCGCCGACAACUACGAUGCCUUUAUUGUUACCCUCUCCAAGCUCUAUGAUCUUGUUCGUACAAGAGGCCACCCUGUAAAGGGCGACAGUGCAGCGGGUGGUGCCCAGCAGAACUUCGUCCGCCAGACAACAAAAUAUUGGGUUCAUCAAGACAACAUUACCGAACUCAAGCUCAUCAUCCUCAAGCACCUGCCUGUUCUGGUCUUCAACCCCAACAAGGAAUUUGAAGAGAAAGAUUCAGCAAUCUCCUCGAUAUACUACGACAAUCCGGAGACAUGGGAAUUAUACGAAGGUCGUCUCAAAAAGACCGAAGGUGCAGAGGCAAUUCGUCUGCGUUGGUAUGGUGGCAUGGAGAACGAGACAAUCUUCGUGGAAAGAAAGACGCAUCGAGAAGACUGGACUGGCGAGAAGUCUGUCAAGGCUCGGUUUACUUUGAAGGAGAAGAACGUCAACAACUUCCUCGCCGGGAAGAUGACGGUUGAGGAAGCCUUUGCAAAAAUGAGAAAAGAAGGGAAGAAAGGCAUCAAAGAAAUCGAGGAUCUAGAACAGCUGGCUCGCGAAAUUCAGUAUCGUGUGGUCACAAGGAAACUGGUGCCUGUAUGCAGGUCCUUCUAUCACCGUACAGCCUUUCAGCUUCCAGGCGACGCCCGCGUCCGUAUCUCUCUGGAUACCGAGCUGACCAUGGUCCGAGAAGACAACCUCGACGGUAGAGACAGAGCAGGCAAGAAUUGGAGACGAACCGACAUCGGUAUUGACUGGCCGUUUCCACAAUUACCUGCCGAAGAUGUCGAACGUUUUCCUUAUGCAGUCCUAGAAGUCAAGCUGCAGACGCAAGCUGGCCAGGAGCCUCCUCAGUGGGUGCGGGAUCUGACGUCGAGCCAUUUGGUCGAAGCAGUCCCCAAAUUUUCCAAAUUUAUUCACGGAUGUGCCACCAUGUUUCCCACCAGGAUUAAUCUUCUGCCUUUCUGGUGGCCACAGAUGGAUGUUGACAUCCGGAAACCCAUCACUCACCGCUUUGGUAUCGAACGACCAGCCAACACGGCCAGCUAUUCGACUAGUGACGUUGAUGAGGAUGAAGACGACUCGGAUACUGAAUAUGGCCAGGAGACUGCAACACCAUACACAAAUGGCUCCAAUUCUGGCGAUGACGAGCAACAGCAGCGAUUGAAUGCUGCCAGACGGGCCUUGGAUGAACAUAGUCGUGCUCAAGCACAAGAUGCUCAAGAUGUAAAUGCUGCUCCUGGAAAUUCAUUGGACGAGGAGGAGCGUCUCGCAGCACUGCCGUUGAGAGAAGAGGAGUACAUCUAUGACUCUGAAAUGGAGGAUGAGGAAGACGAAGACGAAGCUGCCCAUCACGCCAAGUCCUCCUGGAAAGCCUACCCCAACAUGCUAAAACACCAUGCUCAGGUGGCAAGCGAUGCAAUCGUCAAAAUCUUCCGCAAGGUGCCUACAUCGACUCCUCUGCCCCAGAAUGGAAAUAUUGGUGGUGUCAAUCCUCUCGGUGGCCAGGUCCAAGUCAAACGCUUCAAGGCACCUCCGGGGAAGAGGAUUCAUGUACCUGUCCGGGUCGAGCCCAAGGUCUACUUUGCGACGGAGAGGACCUUCUUAUCGUGGUUGGAGUUCAGCAUCAUCAUCGGCUCUAUUGCAGCAACCUUGCUCAACUUUGGUGACAGUGUCAGUCUUGCUUCAGCCUGGGGUUUUACCAUCGUCGCCUGUGCAGCUCUGAUAUACAGUGUCAUGAUCUACUGGCUGCGUGUACAGAUGAUUCGGAAACGAAGAGCAAGUGUGUCGAGAUACUAUGACAAGUACGGUACGACGGCAUUGUGUCUAGGCCUCCUCGCUGCCACUGCCGUUACUUUUGUGUUCCGGGUGAAGGAGAGUGGAUGGUGAUGAGAUGUGUGUUGAUAGGGUGAGGUUGAUUCGAGGAGAGUGAAGAACGGCCAACUAAUACAGAGUACACGUGGAAUGUGCUAUACACCCAGGGUCAUGAGUCUACUUGCUGCAUUCUACUUGGUAUGCUAAAAUUUGCGCUGAGAAAGGAAGAUGGACGGCUGUUUUGUUCGUGAAGCAGGACUGAUUUGCACGUGUCUUUGGGUCACAGGCCGAAGAUUUGUACUUGUAUCGUUAUGGAAUACCCAGUACCUUGUUAGCUACGUAGGUACCUACCUUUACUGGGGUAAU